AUGCUGCUGAAAGAAGUCAGUGAUCACGAAGACAAGUGCAGCAAAAACCACAUGCGUUUGCCCCUAGAGAAUGUUCACGAGCCGAAAGCCCAUGCAGCUCCAACGUCGACCUUCCAAAUCCUGCAAGUUCAUGUGGAAAAUAUAAAACUGGAGCAAAACACUUCAAAAUGCCAAAAUAAAAAACCCACAAGUUUGCAUAGCAGUGCCUUCUACACAAGCUAUUUAGGAUACCAAUUAUGCAUGAGAGUCGAUCCGAAUGGCUACAAUUCAGACAAUGACAGUUUUGUUGGUGUGUAUCUAGUCAUCAUGAAAAGUGACUUUGAUCACCAAUUGCACUGGCCGUUUUCCUACGCCUACAUACUGACUGUCAUCGAUCAGCAACCUCAUGGCAAAGAAGUGAGGCAACUGGUUGAACCAAAGAAAGUGGAACCUAAUGUUUGGAAACACUACGAGAGGAAAACUGAUAAAUCACUACUGGCUCAUUGGUUUCCUUACUUCAUUAGUCAUUCAGAUUUGACAAAGCGGGCUUACAUCAAGGAUAACUCUCUCCUCCUAAGCGCUGAAAUUCUGAUCUGCAAAUGA